GUCUGGGGACGAGGCUAAAGACACCGGGGUUGCCUCAUUUUCAGUUUUGAUUGAAUAUUACUGUGGAUAUCAACAGGUUGGUAUGAACACAAACCAUUAAGAAGACAAAAGCUCAACGUACAACUGACUGUCGAUGAGAAAGUUGCACUCUUGCUUUUACGACCAUACAGAUGAUGUAGCAAGAACACAACAACAAUCACUGACAUUAAGAACACGUACAGAGCAAAUGUACAUAAGAUGACUUCAUGGAUGUUACUGAAAAACUUUCACUGUUGACAGAAGCUUGUCGUGAAAUGGAAUUUACAUUAACAAGACAAAGAUGUUAGAAUAAGAAAACAAAGAUGACUGCUUUAUGCAAGCUGCAACAGCAUUGAAUACGUGGACUAAUGGAUUUGGUUACGGAGCAAAUCUGGAAACAACGAAGAAGCACUAGAAGUCCAAACCCUCGACUGGUAUGCACCUUGAAGUAAAUUAGUCACGCUAUGACAAAAUCGUAUGAUGUGGGUAAUAAAUAAGUAGCAUUAUUGAAAUGGUCACAGGUCGAGCUGGAGGUAGGUCACGUGACUGGCUGCUGUGUACAAUAUGUAUACACUAACAGGGCAUUCCAUCAAAUUUUCAUCAAACUUACUACAGUAUCACACUGAUAUUAUCUGUGAUGACAGUCUUGUCGUGUGUGGGGGUGGUACUAAGGAACACAUGACUGUGGUAAGUUCAAUGAGCUAUUUUACACCUGAAAGACAACCAUCGGCAUACACUGUAUGAACGGGACCCGAGAUCACUCAAUUCAUAGACAUUGAAGUGUUAAUUAAUAUCCAGUCUGUUAAUUGGUCUGCAUUUAUAAAUGGGUAACCCAAUUGCAAGGUAGUUCCCCAAACAAAUUAGUUCCUAGCCUCCUCGAUCUACGACCCAGUGGUGUAGUCUUCAUGUCUUUCGGUGCCUGUUCUCCAGCAUGUCUUCUAACCCACCUACACGGAGUGAAAUGCAAGAAGUUGGAAGAUCCAACGUAAGUCAUGUCUACACUAGCUGGCUACCUACUCUUUCGAAACUGUGGCGAAAAACUCACCAUGUGUUUAGACAUAGACUAAUACGAUGAGUUUUUACCUCACAGAUUUUGUGCUGAAUACUGCACAUUUGACUAUAGCUAAUGGACGAAAUGUUUCAGGAAGCUCUUUGAUGGAGAUCACUUGGCAGUUCUUUCCCAGAAAGGAGGCAUUUGGCACCACGGAAUUUACAGCGAUGGCAAAGUCUAUCAUUUCACAGGAAACGACAAACGUCAGGCUACGAUAUCUCUAGAUUCUUUCAUGGGUCUCGUAGCAGGGCGUAUUGCCACUUUCAUUUUCUGCUACCCACAAGAUGGAUGUCUCCCACCAAAAGAUGUGGAUGCCAACGCGAGGCAGAUAUUUACUACAAAGAAAUGGCCAAAAUACUCACUUCUCUAGAAUAACCGCGAGCACUUUGCUACGUACUGUAAGACUGGAAAGGGAUAUUCUACUCAAGUGUUAUAUGAAGUUCAGCGCAUCCUUGCAACAGCUGUGGCUGGUUUUAAAGAGCAUGGACUACCGGGAGCGUCAGUCGGUUCACUGGUAGCAACAGUCCGUCUGGGUCAUAAACUUGGGGAACUCAAUCCAGAUGGAUAGGCAAAAAAGAACUAAAUAUUAGGUCGUUGUGUACUUGUAUCUAAUUUUAGUCGAUCUAUAUUAGUCUUGAUCAGUGGUGGGCUUGUAAAAGCGUAUGUUCUUGAAGGAACAGCUUUGUCUAAAUGCUUGCAGUGCAUCGUAUGUUUGCGGUUGCUGUAGUCUCAUUAGUUGUAUUUGUACACGUGCUGCAAAUCACACAUAAACACACACACACACACACACACACACACACACACACACACACACACACACACACACACACACACACACACACACACACACACACACACACACACACCUUAUUGAUCCCAUCGAUACUUGAUGCAUUUUUAGUGAAAACUUCAAUAGUUCUCUCACCAAUGCUAAUACUAAAGCUGAGAUCCCUUGUGAGGUAUCUGGAACCAUUUACCAAAAUAGAAAACCGGAUUAAAAUAAAUAGAAAUGGAUUACCUUCACCUGUUGACUCGAUCGGUUUUCAAUAGUUAGUGCAGACAGCUCAAUGCCUGUUUUGACAAUAAGUUCUCUCAACUGUGAUGGUGAUAACUACAGAAUAUCAUCUGAAAAUAUAUUGGGAAUAUCACAACCUUACUAUUGAAACAUUACUACUAGAAUGUCUGAUAAUAAUUAUUUAUCAGAUUUAUUGUGAAGUUAUUAACGAUACAGUACGUCUCACCUGUUCAUUUCCAUUUCAUCUAUCUCCUACUGCAAGCAUUGUUUGGAACAUUGAUGACACCAACAUUAUAAACAAAGCUACCAUCACUGAUUUGUGUGAAUGUCUUAUAACUUCAACUGUUUUUGUCAGCUCGCAACAUGUGUUUGCAUCAACAACAUGUACUGCUUCUAAUAACAACAAAACGACAAUUGAAUACCCAUAUAGACCUUGUGCACCACCAACAAGUCAACCAGCAACAUCAAGUCUGGUUACAAGUGGCAGCAUCGUAACAUCAACAAAAGAAACCUCAAAGGACGAUCAACCAGCAUGGCUAAUACUAGUCAUCGUAGUGGCAGUUGUUGCUUUGAUUAUUAUCAUCGCAGUUGUUGCAUUUAUUAUUUGGAAAAAAUCCAAGGAAAGCACAACUACUGACAACGGCACACACGUAAAGCUACAAGGGUUGGUGUCGACAUUAGGGUCACACCACACGACACGGCCAUCGAGUCGGUCCAAUACGCCGAGACCGGUCCAGCCACCGCUCCCGACGAGAUCGAGGCGUACGCCGUAACAACCGGAGCAAAACAGAGUACCAUGCAAGGACAAGGAGCCAACAAAUCAAAGACUGUAAAGGACAAAACCAAUCCGGGUCCACCCACAGAAACCUACGCCCUACCAGACAAAUUAAAGAAAACGAAAAAUCAGAAAGCAGACACUUCAGACGAGGAAUAUUCUCAAGUUGAAAAACAGAAUAAAAAAUUGAACCAGCCGCUUACCUAUGCAGACCUUGACCAAACUUCAUUCAAACGGUCGACUAUUCAAAGACCCGAUCAAACUGUUACUUAUUCAGAAAUGAAUGAGUUGCAGCCACCAGCGAAGACUAAGUGAAGUCAACAUCUCGAGAUGUUUGAGUCUGAAACAGGCGUACUGAUAUUUCUACUGUAUGUGUGUAUGAGAUUGUGUGUCCGUGUGUCACAUGGUACUGUGUGGAGUAGAGGGCAUUUCUGUAAGGGGGAUGGGGUAUUUCUAUUGUAUCAGUUACAUGGGUCUUAAUUCAACAAUCGUGUUAGUCGACAGAAACUAGC